AUGGCGUCGUCGGUGCGGGCCGGGCCGCGGCUGCGGCGGGCGGUGCAGGCCGGGGAGCUGGCGGCGCUGCCCGCGGGGCUGCGGGGUGAUGUGGAGGCGGCGCUGGCGACAGAAGGAGCACUGGUGCCUUUUAGCCUGCUGCGGAGGGUGCACACCGCGCUGCGGGAGGCAGGGUCCCCACUGCACCUACACGAGCUGCUGGAAGGCUGCGAGAUCCACCUGCCCGAAGUGCCGGUGCCGCCGCGGAACCCCGAGCUGGUGGCCCGGCUGGAGCGGAUCAAGGCCAAGCUGGCACACGAGGAGUACCAGCGGAUGACCCGCAACAUCACCGGCCAGGAGAUGAAGGGGCCAUUGGCUGAAUUUGGGAGACAAGUGCGCUCCGUGAAGGCCGUUGUCAUCACCAUAUUCAACUUCAUUGUCACCGUGGUGGCCGCCUUCGCCUGCACCUACCUGGGCAGCCAGUACGUCUUCGCAGAGACGGCAGCGCGCGUCCUGUCAGCCGUCAUUGUGGCCUCGGUGGUGGGCUUGGCCGAGCUGUACGUGAUGGUGCGGACCCUCGAAGGGGACCUUGGGAAACUGUGACCAUGAACUGCAGCCUUCGUGCUGGAGGCUUUUUGUCCUCCCCAAGAGCCAUUAAUUUGGGACAGUUUUAUCUUGUCCCAUCUGUUUUUACCUGCUCCUGCUACGGGAAGAUGGCUGCACUCCUCAGGCUCGUCCUUUGCUUCCUGCUCCCGAAAUUAAUUAUGGAUUGAAAAUCCCGCAGCUGCAGAACAGGAGAGGGAAUGGCUGCGGACUCUGACCACCCCAGCAUGGAGAGGGGCGUCAGCUCCCACCAUUCCUGUUUUCCUGUGAAGUUCCUGUGCUUGUAUUCUGGAAAUAAAUAACAUUGUGUGUUUGUAACCUU